CGGAUUAAUUAUGACACAAGCACACAGCUCCCUCCAAACUAAGUUCCCACUUCAAGGGCUCGCCCAAUAUUUUUGCUGAGGUGGGAAUUUCUGAGCAGCUCCUUUUGAAAUAUGAGUGAGUUACCGAUCUGUUUUGCCCUUAUGUCCCUUAUUGGACACCGUACGUGUGUGUUUAUGAAUAAUUCAAGAUGGCGCUGUCCAUGAAGUGUAACGUGAAAUCUGUAUUUCGUUUUAUUCACAAGAGUAAUUUCUAUCGAAGAUUAUUUAAAGCUGGGAAAGCGACGGGAACGACGAGCCUCCCUAAAGGGCAGGUUUUCUCAGGAAUCCAGCCCACAGGUGUUCCUCACUUGGGGAACUAUCUGGGAGCUCUAGAGAGCUGGGUGGCCCUGCAGGAUGAGUACAGUACAGUCAUGUACAGCAUCGUAGACCUUCAUUCCAUCACCCAGCCUCAGGACCCUCAGAUGCUGCGAGACAACAUCCUGGACAUGGCCGCCAGUCUGUUGGCCUGUGGCAUUGACCCAACUCGCUCCAUCCUCUUUCAGCAGUCUCAAGUCUCUGAACAUGCUGAGCUCUCAUGGAUCCUAGGUUGCCUUACCAGCAUGCCGCGUUUACGGCACCUACCUCAAUGGAAGAUGAAGAGCAAGCAGAAGAAUGAAGGCAGUGUGGGGCUUUAUACGUACCCAGUGUUGCAAGCAGCGGACAUUCUGCUCUACAAAUCUACACAUGUGCCAGUAGGGGAGGACCAGAUCCAGCACUUGGAGCUCGCCCAGGACUUGGCCCGCAUCUUUAACAACCAGUAUGGAGAGUUCUUCCCCGAGCCUCGUGCCCUGCUCAGUGUCACUCGAAAGGUGAAAUCUCUGAGGGAUCCUUCUUCUAAGAUGUCCAAGUCAGACCCCCAAAAGUUAUCUACAGUCUUCCUGACCGAUACGCCUGAUGACAUUGUCUUUAAGAUUCGCAGAGCUGUGACUGACUUUACUUCUGAAGUGACCUAUGAGCCUGAGAGUCGGCCAGGUGUUUCAAACCUAGUCUCCAUGCAUGCGGCUGUGUCUGGACAGAGCGUGGCGGAGGUGGUUAGGCUGGCUGCGGGUAUGGACACCGGACAGUACAAGAAUGUGGUGGCUGAGGCUAUUGUACAGAAGCUGCAACCCAUUCGGCUGGAGAUCCAAAGACUGAGGGCCGACCGAGGCCAUCUUGAAAGUCUGUUAGCCAAAGGAGCAGAGAAGGCUCGCAGCCUCGCAGCUCCCGUGAUGACGGAAGUCAGGAAACUGGUGGGCUUUUAUUAAGGCAAUUCAUAAACUGUGAGAUGCAACAAACUCUUCUUUGUCUGUCUAAGAUUCUUUUAGUUUACUGGUGAAAAAAAUGUUGGUAAGUAAAUACCAUAAAUUGCCCAUGUCUGUCAAAAUGCUCAGUUUUGUUUGAUUAAAUCUUGUAUUUUUGUCCAUUUUUCUAUUUAUUUAAAAUAAAAAUAAAUAAUCUUCUUUUCUAUUAUUGGUAUAUGAAUAACUUUCAGCAUUCAAAAUCUAUUUCAAUCUCACCCGUGCCCCAACACACAAACGCUUAGCAGGAGAAACUGCCAGUCCUGUUGUAGUUGAAGACUUGGCAAAGUCUGCUCAAGGCCGUUAGUUGACAUGGCACUUCACACACGCACUAUGCAUGCUUGUGUAAGAAUAAUAAUUUAAUUGUAGCCUAUUGCACUGUUUUUUUCCCUCCUAUACACUGUAAACCCUAACGCUCAAAAUA